UCACUCGUCAUGUAAUGCCUGAUUAUUUUCAAAAUGGAAGCGCAGAAGACUGCACGUGAACUUUUCUCUGAAGCAGUGAAAGCAGUCCUAGAAACUUGGCCUGUUUUACAGAUCGCAGUUGAUAAUGGAUUUGGAGGCGUGUACGGCCAACAGAAGGCAGAUUGGAUGGUGGAUGUGGUCCAACAAUAUUUUCAUGACAACGCAAACCUGCAGCCAGAUGAAGUGGAGGACUACAUAGCAGACCUUAUGAACAAUGAGUUUGAUACAGUGGUGGAUGAUGGCAGUUUACCUCAGGUGGCACAGAAGGUUAGCCAGAUCUUUACACAGUGUCAACAAGGAAAGCUUGCAGAGGUCAAAGAUCAGAUAGUCAAACUUAACAAGAGUGCAGAACGAGCCAAGGUCACACCUCAACCAAACGCUGCUGAAGACUGUAAUGGAGAUGAAACAGAGUUCAUGGAGUGUGAAGCAGCAACGUCAACAACCCCCCCGCGUAGUGCAGCACCCAAACAGACAGAUCAACCCCAAGAGGAAAACGAUGGUUGGACGACAGUGGUGCGCAAGAAGUGACGCUACUGUAGAAGUGCUGAGUGAAUUGGGAUUUUACUGCCGCCUAACACUGUUGCUGUUUUGUACUCGCCGAUGGUUCUGUCAUAUUGGGAGGAUGGACAUAUGUUCUGAUGAAAACCUGGACACAACCUAUACCUCGAGUUCAUUAGCUCACAUUUAUGCAGGUGUCAAGAGGUCACUUAUCAGGGCAUCUGAGGAACUGUCACUGUUAACAGGAAUUUCAGUGUUUUUGGUACAUGGAAAUCCAGUUCAGUAGCGAUUAAAUAACCAUCUAUAGUGUGUGUAUAU